GCGUCGCCUUAAUAAGGAACAUCCUGCUUUCGACAGAGAGGGGGAGGAUAGAGCGGAGGUCUGGCAUCUCCCGGUAGUAAGCUAUAUCUACCAGGUCUUGAACACUACAGGGUCCAACAGAGGGGGACAAAAUAAUAGAAAGAAAAGGGCUUCCGUCGUAGGAAGAAGGAAUCUCCACUCGUUUUAUGCCUGGUACCAUUACCGGAGAAGGACACGCCGGUUUAGUGUUUUACCGAUACGGAUUAAUAACACGCCAGACGGAUGUUCGCGAGGAGGGGCGGUGCACUCUGAAGUUAGAGACUACUGCCUACGGAGAGAAGCGCUUGUUCCCCCGUGAAGGUUCGCGCCCCCCAGCCACAACAUGAAGCUGCCGCCGUGUCUGAUGACGAUCCUCGCGGCGCUGCUCGCUCACUCCGCGCUGGGUCAGACCUGGGUUCCGUCUAUAGAUCUAGAAGGUUCUUCUGGAGAUGAGUUCUAUGAUGAUGAAGACCUCUUCUCAGGCUCUGGAUCUGGCUUUCCAGAGAUGAAGGUCAACCCUACAGCGGUGGGUGUGUCUUUCAGCACUGAGGAGCCCCUUCCCCUUUCCACCACCCAGGCUACUGGCCCCGCCCCCUCAGCCCCACCUGCAGCCGAGCCCAAUCCCAACCCCGACGCUCUCCCCACCCCACUACCCACUGAGGGAGAGGGGGAGAGUGGGAUAGAGUGGGAGAGAGGGAGGGAGAGAGAGAGGGAGAGGGAAAGAGAGAGAGUAAGGGAGAUGGAGCGGGAGAGGGAUAGAGAGAGGGAGAGAGAAAAGGAGAGGGAGAGAGAAAAGGAGAGGGAGAGAGAAAGAGAGAGAGAGAGGCAACGGGAAAUAGAGAGGGAAAGAGAAAGAGAACGUGAAAGAGCGAGAGCCGCCCAGACCACCAUCUCACCCCAUGGCCCGGCAGCUGUUCCCAUGGCGACCACCAGCACAGGGACGCCUCUGGCGGAGAGUGUAGUACCCUCUAGUGGUGUGCAGGACCUGAUCACCACAGAAGAAGAGGACGAGGAUGUCUACCUGUCCCCAGACCCCACCACCAGUAUGCCUAUGGAGACCACCACGGAAGAAGAAGAAGAGGAAGAAGUGACCACUACUGAUGCAGAGACCACACCCCUCCCAAAGACAACAGCUCCACCCACUACGAUUGGCCCAGCCCUAACUGAGAGGUCUAGCUCCGCCCCCUUUAGGCCCAGUGUUCUGGUGACCACGCCAAUUAAAGCCGCACCCACAGAGAGGAGCACACGCCCACAGCAGCCUUCUACGACAAUGAAUAAUGAAUUAGGGGUUAAUGGACCCAGCGGAGACUUUGAGAUCCGGGAGGAGGACCGUCGCCAGGGCAACGAGGUUGUUGGUCGUGGCCUUGGCAUGGAGACUGGGGCAGAACCUGAUCUGAUUGGCAACACAAUUAACACAGGAAGUUCUGCCGCUCAACUUCCUCAGAAGAACAUCUUGGAGAGGAAGGAGGUUCUGAUAGCGGUGAUAGUGGGGGGCGUGGUAGGGGCCCUGUUUGCAGCGUUCCUGGUCAUGCUGCUGGUGUACAGGAUGAAGAAGAAAGAUGAAGGCAGCUACACACUGGAGGAACCCAAGCAAGCCACCGUCACCUACCAGAAAGCUGACAAACAGGAGGAGUUCUACGCAUAACACACACAGAGAGAUGCUUAUCACUCCAGCUCCCUUCCCGUCCUGUCGCUUCACAUCUCCUUCCCAUCCUUCUCCCGUAUCUUCCUCCCUCUCUUCUCUCCUAUGUUCCUGUCCUCCAUGUCAGUUGUUACUGAGAGUGCCCGUCUCUCCACGGACCCAAACAUUUCUUUAAAAAAUAUAAAUACACUUUUUAAAAAAAAUGUAAAAAAAAUAUAUCAGCUGGAAAAAAAUAUAUAAAAAUGUGACACAAUAUUUUUUUUUUUAAGUAAAUGUUGUUAUUGAUAUUAUAUGAUUAUUGUUCUGA